UUUUGCAAAGCAUCUCAAGUCUUUGACUCCGAGACAAUUCAUUUCCAAAAAAAUACCCCUUAAGCCUUAAUAUAACCGUUGUUUUUGGGUAGUAAUUUGACCGUUGUAUCCUCUUCGUACUCCCCUUCUCUUCACUACACUGUAGAGUAUUUUUUGAAUUGUUCUUCGUCAUCGUUCAUCAUCAUCUCCUUCUUCUUUCCUUCAAAUUCUCUCUCCUCUUUUUAGUAGUAAUUAUGGGAACAUCGAAGAAGAAAAAACCUGCUCAACCUUCUUCAGAUCACAAAAAAUGGGAGUUAAUCUUCAAUGCUCUCAAACAAAUGCUUCGAAAACAAGCUGUACAGCUCGAUUCUCUUCUUGAAGAACGCAAAUUUCUUCAAGAACGCAUUCAAAUUCAAUAUGAGCGUUGGAAUUCCGAUGUUCGUCUCUUAGAAGAUGUGCUUUUUCAGACGCAAAGACAACUAUCGUUGUCUGAAUUGGGGAAAUUGGUUGAGAUUGCUAAAAGUGAUUUGUUGGUUGGUUCGAAGAACAGGAGUGCGCUGAUGAAAAAACUUAAAUUGGAAGAUGCUCAGAGUGAAUUGGAUGAUUUUAAAGCCUGGUUUGACAUUCUGUCUCACAGAUGUCCUGAUAAAGAGGUGAAGGAUAUGUCUCCCGAAAGAUUAUAUGAAAGCCUGAAAGCAAAAGGUGGUAGUCAUAGCAUCUCAAAGGAGGCAGCUAAGCAUCAUUCUAAGUUUGAAAAGGAAAUCUCAAUGUUAAAACAUGAAUAUGAGAAGCUUUCUAUGAAACACAAGUCUGAUGUUUCUGGUCUUCAGGAUGAGAACACCUUUGUUUGGAAUCAAUACAAAGAAAUGGAGGGCAAGUACAUCAGUGAAUUGCAGACUAAGAAUGAUGAAAUUAAUAGAGAAAAGGAGAAGAUCAUGAAUCUACUGACAAGUAUGGAGCAAUUGCAGUCAGCAAGCAUAGAAAAGGAUGACACAGUAGCAAUACUAAUAGCCAACAUCAGUACAUUGGAGGCUGAAGGAAAUAAAAAAGACGGAGAAAUUUCCCGACUUUCAAAAGAACUAGAGUUGUUAAAAUCCAAAAUUUCUGAUGGCUCCACUGAACUUUCAUCUUCUGGCUUGAAAGGUAAAAGAACUAGAGGAAAAAGAGGUGCUGCGCUGGAGAAAGAAGCAACUUCUGCACAGCUACAGGUCAUGGUCUCAACUCUAAUAGCCGAAAUCAGUGAGUUGGAAGCUGAAGUUGAUAAAAAAAAUGGAGAAAUCUCCAUGCUGUCGAAGGAAACAAAAUUGUUAAGAUCAAAUAGUUCUGCUGGUACGCCUGUGCUGAAACCCUGUAUAAUUGAACCAUCAGCUUCAAGACGCAGAGAUAAUGGCAGGAGUGGAGGGACUGCUGCUGUGGAGGAUGAAGUAUCCUUUGCGCAGCUAGAGGCUACGAUUGCAACUCUGCGAGUCAAAGUCAGUGAGUUGCAGGCUGAAAGAAACCAGAAAGAUGGAGAGAUCUCUGCGCUGUCAAAGGAAUUAGAGCUGUCAAGAUCUAAAAGUGCUGCUGAUACGCCUGCUUUAAGACGUUGCACAAGUCGACCACCAACUUCUAGGUCGAGAGGGAGAGAAAACCGUAGGGACAAAGAGAGUGCAGUGUUGAAGGAAGAAGCAUCUUCUCUAGCGCUGGCCUCUAUGCAAGGUGGUAGACGAUCCAAGAGAAAACAAGAUAUUAUCAACAUAGAGGAGACACCGAGGUUAUUCACAUCGCAGUUUAAGAUUCCCAAAUUGAGGAGCCAAUCUCCUUGUGGAAGAUGACGUUUCCUUGUCAUCUGAUUUGUUUUUUCAGGCAAAGGAGCAGGCAUUUGUACAGAUAUAUGUCUAUGUUAUAAUUAAUUUUUUCUUUUUAUAAUGGAUGUAGAUCUUUUUGUAAUUUAGAGAGCAUUAGUUAUGGAGCCAUAAUUAUGUAUGAUCUCUUCUACUACAUCAUGCUAUAUGGAAUACUUAGAUUAUUGAUUCGCCUCGAGUCCAGAUGAUCCAGUCUGCUGUAUCUAAGCUCAAUAGCUCAUGCAACAAGUCCAACAUUUGUAAGCUGUACUAUUAGUAUCUGUAAAAAGAAUAUGAAUACUGAAAGAUAGGCCUUGUCUGGUCUGCCGAACCAUUGUUGAUUUUGUGUUUUCAAAUUUCCACUGUAUGGGAGCCAUUGUUGAUUUUGUGUUUUCAAA